AUGCAUCAAUAUUCAGCAGGAAAGGCAAAGAAAGUGGAAGACGCUAUUCUAUGGUUCGAGAGGUGCAAGAUAGUCUUAACAGAUAUCGUUUUGCUCGGUGAAGAUAAAACUGACGUCCAAACUCCUGAAAUUUCCGCAUCGAAGGGGAAGGGUCUUGUAUAUGAUGAUGUCGAGGAUUCGCCUACGGUUCAACGGAAGGAGAGGAUAUCGAGGUUGACGGACGCAAUCAGCAGAUUGAUUGACGGUGACCUGAACAAUCCAUUUCGCAAUGAAGAAGAUCCGUUUCUGUCAAACAAUUCCACCCCUCAGAAAGAGCCUACGUCAAAACUUCUGGAUAAGUUCGGGUCACAAUCUCCCCUAACGCCCUCACCGCUACAUAUUCGCAAGCGUUUUUCAAUGUCACCUGCUUCGCAUGUCGGCAUGUUACCAUCGCCAGCACUCAGGUUUAAUCGCAGCGUUUCGGUCGAGACAGAGUGUCGCGACCAGGUGGUCUCGAGUAUGGCGAGCACACCAGAUCAGCAUGGCGGAUUACGAACCUUGGCUAGUGUCAUGAAGGACAUGAGUGACUGGGAAUCUGAGACGGGGAACAGUACGAUAAGUAGGGGUCAAGAUAUUCGAUAUCUGGACGACUACAGAGCAUCUCCUACUCGUUCGAGAUAUUCGCCUUCAGUGGACGGCCGAGAUCUUCUAUCUAAUCAGGCUACUCGAGAUGAUCGAGAUGCUCGAGAGGCAAGUAUUGAAGCGAUAAAGGAGAGAUUGAGAGGAGAGAUUGAAGGGCGCGUGGCGCAGAGAAUGCAAAAGCAUGAGGAGCAUAUCCUUGUCAAUACAUCGAGCAUCGUCGCCUCGUCUGAGAUGCACAAUACGACAUCGUCACCGCCCACGUCCCCAAGCCCAAACAACACAAAAGUAAAAGCAAAAGAGAUACCUCGAUCUCUCAGCGACUUGAUUCGUGAUUAUCUGGGCCCAGAAGGAAACGAGAAGGUGAAGGCUUUCAGCCCAAGGCCAAUCCCACAUUCGUCGAGUGCGAAACCUCUGCCGUUAUGUCCCAAAUCGAAAACGAGUGUGAAAAUAGUGAGCGGUUCAGACUCAGAUAAGGCUUCACUGGCUCGUUUGAUGCAUUCCUGGGAGGGGGCAUCCUUCAAUGGAGUGUAUAUGGUUGGUUCUGAUUACCAUUCUCUUCACCUCGUUGAGCGGACACGGCCACAACUCCGAGAGAAGUAUGGUCCCAGUAAUAAAGACCUCGAAGGCCAUAUUGCGCGGUUCGAAAAUCAUUUGUCUUCUUUCUUGGGCUCUCUCCAAUACAACAUUAUCAACUUACGACAACUCGCGAAUGAGAUCAAGACCAACCGUGCACAGUACCUUCAAAUCCAGAAAAUGCCCCCUUCCAAGUCAUACUGGAGUUUCUCAAGCCUGUCACAAGACGCUAUGGACGAGACAGCCGUUGGCGAUGGGGACGACAAUGAGGGUCGUAAAAACAGCACGGUAAAUUAUUUGAAACCCAAUCCAGGCUGGGCAGCGCCGGGAACAGAACUCAACGAGACCAAGGAGGCACGGAUUAAGCGGUUGAAAGAAGACGGAUUCCAGGCUGUGGGAUUACGGAAUGAGAAGCGUGGAUAUAAAGGCGAUGAAUAUUACUCUAAUCUCUGUGAUGAGGCGUUGAGGGGUUUUCAAUCUUUGUGAUCAU